CAAAUGCAGAAUUAUAGGCGUGUUUCUCAGAAAAAACAAAUCAAAUCCGACGCCCAAAAAAGAAAUUAAAAAAUAAGAAGGAAAAAAAAAAAAAAGGAAAAACAGAAAAGCGAUUUUAAACGGCACAAUCGCAUAGAGGCUUUUUCUUCUUCCUUAUUAUGUCACAGUCUUUGUAGUCGCCGACAUUUGCAACGGCUCUCGGUGGCAUUUCGGCGGUGCCGAUUCUGGAUGUACAUCGAAGAUCUUCUGGAAUUCCUCGGUGUACAAGAUGAUAGGAUCCUUUCUAACCAGGGGACUUGCCAUGGUUCUUGGCUAUGCAUAUCCAGCUUAUGAGUGCUACAAAACUGUUGAAAAGAACAAGCCAGAGAUUGAACAACUUCGUUUUUGGUGCCAGUAUUGGUAUGUUUUACAUAGGUUGCUGUUUCUAUCGCUUCUAUUUUUGCAGAUGAUUUUGAUAGCAAUUGUAUUAUCUUAUUUUUACAGGAUUUUGGUGGCAUUUUUGACAGUUUGUGAGAGAGUUGGUGAUGCUUUUAUUUCAUGGGUUCCAAUGUACAGUGAAGCUAAGUUGCUAUUAUUUGUCUAUCUGUGGCACCCUAGAACGAUGGGAACAACAUAUGUGUAUGAUUCAUUCUUUAGACCAUACCUGGCAAAGCAUGAGAAUGAAAUUGAUCAGAAUUUGUUGGAACUAAGGACCAGGGCUGGAGAUAUUGUGGUUUUAUAUUGGCAAAGAGCUGCAAGCUAUAGCCAGACAAGAAUAUUUGAGAUACUGCAAUAUGUUGCUUCACAAUCCACACCAAGGCCUCGCCCUACUCCGCCACAACCAGGAGGUGGUAGAACUCGGCAACCUCCUCCUCCAAAUCGCCAAUCGUCUGCUGCCUCAAAUCGCCAACCAACUUCUCCUGCAGCACAAUCAAAACCUGAAGAACCACCUUCUCCUGCUUCUAGUACAUCCUCAAGUCAGUUCCAAAAGGAGAUAGCAGAAGAGUUGGCUUCUACACAAGAUCCUAAAGCUACCACCAAAGAAACAAGUUCAGAUAAGCCAAAUCAAGCAGAAGGUUCUAGUCAGAAAUCAACAUCUGCAGCUGACAAAUCCAGCCAAUCUGCACCUGCUGAAGCGGAACCAAUGCAGACUGAGGCAGUGCCCUCGUCCUCAGAAGCUGAAAGUUCCAACCCUCCCCCAAAAGAUACAGUCAUGGAGGAAACCAUUCGGGUUACACGUGGAAGGUUGAGGAAAACACGUUCUGCAUCAAAUCGUUGAUAUGGUUCUUUGCCAAAUUUUAGUUCACAAAGUAGGUGGACAAUGCCAUAUGGGUAUGCAAAUGUUGAUCGAGACAUUAUUGUAAAUUUGUUAUACUCUAGUUUCAAUUCUAUUUUUUGCUUUAUUUUUUGGACA